UUCACCUUCGCAGUUUUUGAAAAUCGUUACAAAUUUUAAAAAUAUAUAUUAUUUUAAUAUGGUGGCAUUUAAAAUUCUAGUAGAAAGAUAAAUUCGCAUUUUGCAAGUUGACUUCCAGUGUCGUAAAAUUUAAAACAUUGCAGAUUAAAUAUUCAGAAGACGCUGCAUCUAAAUAAUUAAAAAAAAAAACAUUUAAAAAUCGUCCCCAAAAAAGUAAUUGUCAAAAUAAUUUCUAGUAACAUUAAAAAUGUUACGAAAUUUUAUUACGAAAGAUAAUUUUCAAAUAAUUUGAAAGCCUCUGGAAUUUUGACUGGAUAGAAAUAAUUGUUAAAUUUCCGAAAACAUGGUAUAUUCCGUGAGUGGAAGAGACGGAAUUUUCAAAUUUUGCGACAAACUUUUAAAAUCAAAUUAUUAAGUGGAAUUUUCAAAGUUUACUGUGGGUGGGGAGGGGUGUGCCAACCUCCCGCUGGGAAAGGACGGGAUAAUUUACAAUGGUGAAAGUGGUGAAGAAAGUGAAAUACGGGGUAAAUGCUGGAUUUCGUCACGGAUUUAAAAAUGUGAUUUUUUCGAAAUUCUUUUUCGGUUUCGUCACCUCGCUUUCGGUCCUUAUCGCCAGUCAUGAUAAGGCCGGAAGGAUCAAGGACAAUUUGGAUGCCAAAUUUAAUGAACAGGAGGACACGUUCGAUUUCAUAGUGGUCGGGGGUGGCAGCUCUGGCUCCCUUCUGGCCAACCGGCUUUCCGAAGGGCACAAAGUCCUUCUGAUCGAAGCGGGUGGUGAGCCACACCCACUGCAACGUAUCCCAGGAAUGUCCCUCUUCAUGCUGAACCAUCCCGAGAUCGAUUGGAUGCACAGGACCGUUCCGCAAAGAAGGGCCUGCUUCUCCUCACCAAGCAGGAGGGCAAGUUGGUCACAAGGAAUGAAUUUGGGUGGUACCAGCAACCUCAAUUUCAUGAUGCACUUACGCGGCUCCCCCAGAGAUUACGACCACUGGGCAAAGGUGACUGGCGAUGAUUCUUGGACGUAUGAAGCCCUGCUUCCAUACUUUCGACGGCAUGAAAACUAUCAAGGCGACUCACCCGAUCGUGAGGCGCACGGUUUCGACGGUGAAUUGAAGUUGGAAGCGCCCAGCUACACCGGGAUGGCGAAAGAAUUUAUCCGUGCGGGACAAGAAUUGGGUUACGAACAUGUCGAUCUGAACGCACGCUAUGACGAAGGGUUCGAUACGAUCUUCUACCCGUUGGAUUGUGGAGAGAGGAGAGGAGCGUUUUCCGCAUUUUUGGAACCCUGCAGAGAUCGCGAGACCCUAGUCAUCAGGAAGUACGCACAUGUCAACAAGCUUCUCGUCCGUGGUCACGACACGACGGCCUACGGAGUGGAGUAUGACCGCCAUGGGAGGCGACGUUACGCCUACGCCACAAAGGAAGUUAUUCUAGCUGCGGGAACGGUCGAGACCGCAAAAUUACUAAUGCUGUCGGGCAUUGGGCCCAAAGCACAUCUGGCUGAUUUAGGGAUUUCCCUUGUGGCAGAUUUACCGGUGGGUAAAAACCUUCAGGAUCACUUGGCCACGUUUCUCGGCCCCUUUUUCAUCGACCCUCCUCGAUCCUACCUUAUCGACAGGGAUGUCACCCUCAAGUCAUUCUACGAAUACAAGUCUGACGGGAAUGGCCCCAUGUCCUCCUCUCUCUUCCAAGCGGCGGCCAUGAUCUCGUCAAAAAAGAACAAAUGGGCCGGUUCAUGGAAUUGGCCCGACAUUCAACUCCUCUUUUCCUCUCUGGCGGCACACAAAACCUUUGCCACCGACCUGGGUCACGCCUUCCACCUGAAUUCCAAACCAAUCAGAAAAUACACCGAUUCGGCUACGGGACGAGACUCGUUUUUUAUUGCAGUCUCCCCUUCCCGUCCCUUCGCCAGGGGAGAGAUCGUCCUAGAAAAGCGGGACCCUUACGCCCCCGUCGGGAUUAAUCCACACUAUUUAGAAAACGAGCACGACCUCGGAAUUAUGAUCGAAGGGAUUAAAACGUCUCUUUAUUUGGUCGAAAAUACCACUUCGUUUCAAAAUUUGAGGGCAAGAUUUACUUCAAAAAAAUUCCCUGGCUGUGAACACAUACCGUUCAGAUCGGAUGAGUAUUUCGAAUGUUACAUUCGUCACUUUAGUCUCAGUUUGAAUGACCCGGUCGGAUCGUGCGGAAUGGGUCAAGUGGACAUGGGGCGGGGCGGGGUGGUAGAUUCGGAACUUAAGGUGAUAGGGGUUAAUGGAUUGAGGGUGGUGGACGCCAGCGUGAUGCCCUCAAUACCGGGAGCCCCUGUGGAAGCCGCGGUCUACAUGAUAGCCGAGAAAGGGGCAGACAUCAUAAUGGAAGCGUGGCGAACUCGAGGGGAGGAGGAGAAGAGGGAACAGGCUCUUAGAAAUCAGCAAGGUCAUCAUCACACGGAUGACCAUGAGGGCGACGGUUUCAUUCCGCACAAGUUACGUGACAAUGAUUUUCACGAGGGACAUGGCGAACCGAAUGGGCACGGGGGACCACCGAAUGACGAACCCCCUUGGGUUACGAACAAUAACAAUGAUGGACCACCUCCUUGGGUUACGAACAAUAACAAUGAUGGCCCGCCCCCUUGGGUUACGAACAACAAUGGACCACCCCCUUGGCACAAUAAUAAUAGCCCGCCAAAUAACAACGGACCACCGCCCCAAUAUGGACCAGGGUCACUCCCGUCAAAUAAUAAUGGAUACGGACCUCCACCUGGGCCAAGAAAUAAUUUUGGUGGCAACAAUGGGUCAAGUCCUGGACCGUACUGGCCUCCAUCGGCGUCCGAAGUUCCUCCAGCUUUUAACAGCAGUUUCAUUCAGGAUCCGUUUCGGGGGAACAGUAGUGGUCCGCAAUUCAAUAAUCUCCCAAACAAUGGACCUCCCAAUAACGGUGGACCUCCGCCCCCCAACAAUGGACACUUUAAUGGUCCCCCAAAUAGUGGAAAUGGACCAUUCAAUAAUAAUGGUCCCAUGAACAACAAUGGUCCUGUGAACAACAAUGGUCCAAUGGGAAAUAAUGGGCCCCCAAAUAGUGGAAAUGGACCAUUUAAUAAUAAUGGGCCCCCAAAUAGUGGAAAUGGACCAUUCAACAACAAUGGUCCCAUGAAUAAUGGUCCAAUGGGAAAUAAUGGCCCCCCAAAUGGUGGAAAUGGACCAUUCAAUAACAAUGGUCCCAUGAACAAUGGUCCUAACAACGGCCCAAUGGGAAAUAAUGGCCCAAUGGGUCCCAUGAACAACAAUGGCCCACCACCCCCCUCCGACUUUUCCCUCUUUCCCACCUCGGGUAACUCUAUCGCAACCAUGAUGACAUUUCUCACCGAAUCCUCCACCAAUAAUCCCAUUGGGUCCAGUGUCCCAAUUCUUGAUCAUCCCGACCCUGCCACCCUUCUUAACCACACCCCUUCCAACCAAUUCGAUUUCACCACUACAGAAUCCUCCCCCACAACAAACAAACCGUCCCGUUUCGAUGACCAUGACAUGGAAUCCACCUCGACGACGACGUCUUCAUCCAUAAUUCCGCCGCCCUCCGCCACACGCCCCAACCUUGUCGACGACGAAACCAAUUUACGCCCCGGCCUGCAAAUUAGUAAUCCAUUCCCGGACGAGGCUUACCGCCAAGAACAGCGAGAAUUCCAAUUAAGAUACCCAAUCACGUCGAGUGUCGAAUAUUUCAACAAUAUUCCGCACGUGCCAGGCAUUGAGUUUCCUAAUUUGGGGCCCCUCCGGAGUCAGACCCGACCAACCGUGUUGACGAUGGCGACGAAUUCCGGGGCCCCGCCAACCACCGGAGUUCCGAGCAGUGCAACGGUGCCAGAUAUUUAUUACAAGAUUAAGGACGGGUCCAGUUUGAAUAAUUUAGCAGCGGAUGAGGCGGAUUUGAAAAAGAUGCAGGAACAGGGUGACACCUCGAGUAGUGCCACGUCCAAUUUGAACGCGGUUGAGGUUAAGGUCCCAAUGUCAAAAUCUCCCUAUUGGACGAACCCUCUUCCUGUCACAACCACACCCACUACAAAUCCUUAUUACGUCAACGCAUCUCCAUCCCCCAAAUCUCGAUCCCCACUGGACGACAACUUCACCCCGACGCCAUCUCCCUCGUGGAAAAACCCGGGUAAAAUCGCAAUCCUCAAAUCCUUUCCGGGCAGUGGGACUAAAGGUCGCGUAGUAAGAAUCAAAUCUGGCAACAUUGGUGUGUCCUUAUCAACGACGGCGUCACCAUCUCACAGCGACUACCAUAUCGGUCCAGGAAACAAAAAAAUAAAAAUCAGGAUAAAACAUAAAAAUUUCCCGGAAAAUACAGAAUCGGACAACCAUCAGAAUAUUCAGCCUUACUUUUCAUCGAAAGAUAACCAUGUCUCGUCAUCCUCAACUCGAACGUCGAUAAGUAUCAAAAAGUCGAAAUCAAAAUCUCGUGGAUUUUUUUCAAAUUUAAAAUCCCCCUUGACAAUUACGCCACGUCCCCUCUUGUCCGUAACGAUAUGGCCGGAUGAGCUAGGCGGAGAAAAAAAUUCGACACAAAACUUUGAAAAUUUUUCGGAUUUUUCAUCAUCAAAUAAUAAUUCCGAUUCUGAGACAAGCUCGACAAUGUUAUUGUCCGCAUUGGCUGAGGCGACGAUGGACGUUUUACGUGGGCGCGACCCUGAAAAAACUUACGACGAGGAAGGCAACGUGCCAGAAGUGCAAGAUUCAAUGGCGUCGUAUUCAAAUUUGAAAGGUCUAAAUUUGCCCCAAAUUUCUACAACGAUUCAACCACCGACACGUUUCGAUGAUGUUUCGAUAAUAGCCCAAACUUAUCCGAGCUCCUUUAUCGAAAAGUUUCCGAUCUUCGAUAAAUCAACCCCGCCUCCAUUAACAUUUGGAAAAUCGAUAGCACGACCACCAUGGACCCCGUCGCCGCAUUUGUCGACACAGCCUAAUUCAAAUUGGUCACUAUCGACUUCCGGUUUCUCUAACGUUAUCCGUGAUAAGUAUAACGCUUUUGAACCCCAUCCUGCCUCUGUCGACCCGACGUCUCGAUUUCCUACCAGUUUUGUAGAAAAACAUCCUGAAACCGACUCGACGACAGAAAUGUCCGCCACUUCGUUCACUUAUCGGACUAAUUCAGAUAAGCACAAUAUAGGAACGACUUCAAGACCUCGACAACGCUACAAUCAUCACGGAACUGGGCUUCCACGACCAACGACGACACAUAAACCCGUCUUAUCUCCAAAACAGUAUCAGAAUGAACAGAAGCAACUCGACGAUAACGUCAAUGAAUCCUCCCAGCAGCAAAAUUAUCGCCAAAAAUUCACCAGUUUCUAUAACACGGGACGCAAAUCUAGUUUCGGACGGAGCUACGGUCAUCAAGUUGAUGUCAGUCCAGGGUCAUCGGAAAAUCCCGCUCUUGUCGGAACUGGGAGUAACUUGAGACAGGAUGGACAUCAGACACCCGCUGGGCGUUGGAUAAGUCAAAUGUUGGGGGCGUACGGCUAUCCUGGAGCAUCCGGUAGUGAGCAGGGAAACCUUCCAGAUUUGAGGAACGUUGGAAGCAGGGAGAAAAACGGGGAUAAUUCGGGAGUAGAAAAUUUCAGAUUUUUUAAGGAAAAUAAGGAGGACGCGGUGCGAACUCAGGCGAGUCAAAACUUUGAUCAAAAUUUGAACAAUUUCCAAAAUCUGGGACAAUAUGGGGUGCAUAAUCCAGGACAAAAGUUCCAAAGUCAGGAACAAACUGGGCUUAAAAAUCAAAAUCAUGAUCAAAACUCGCAAAAUGUUAAUAAGUUCCGACCUACCUCGCUUACAACCCCAGCACCAAACUCUUACCAUGAUCAUCAACAUCAAAAUGACCACCAGAAUGCACCUUCUCCUCCGCCUGAAAACUUUGGGGGGAAUAGUAAUUUUCCAAAAAAUAAGAAUUUCCCCCAAAAUUCCGGCCAUUUUAAUUCAGGAGAGCAAAAAGUCGACUUUUAUUCUCAAAGUAAUUCACAGUUGAGGGGAAAUUUUGACUAUUCACAGACCCCGGUGGAAGAAAAUUUCAAAAUAAAUCCUGAAAAUUUGGAACCACAAACGCUAAGUUUGCCAACAGAUUUUAGUAAUAAUCGGGACAGAAAUUUGCACAAUUUGGGACAAAAUAGUGGAACUCAGAACAAUAAUCAUGACCUGAAGAACAAACACAUUUUCGUAUUUACCGACACCAACGCCGAGCAGAAACCACUAGUAAAUUCGGGACAGGAUUUUAGGGGACAUUCAAACGAACAGGGUGCAAAUUUGGACAAGAAUUUUCCUCAAAACCAAAAGAAUUUUGGACACCAUGCAGGUUUAAACUUUGAACAACCGUUUAAACCUGCAGGACAAAACAGUGGCGAACAAACUGGAGGACUGAAUACUAAUUUUGACCAACAGCGGAAAAACGAAAAUUUCCACGGGACCAAUAACGUGGGUGGGUACGGGAAUGGUGGAAAUCAAGAUUUACGGCAAAAUUAUGGACAUUCUCAAAACUCUGGGCAAUUUGUUCCUGGACAAAGUGGCAACUUUGAUGAAAAUAAACCAAUUGGACAUGACAAUUUUCCUGGGCAAAAUAAUGGCCAGGGUGAAUAUGGAAAUGGGGAUGCAGGACAACAUCGCAAACACAAUAAUGAAAAUUCUCAAAAUGCGGGCCACAUCAAUAGACAAAAUUCAGGGAAUAAUCACAAUUUCGGACAAAACUUACAAAACCCGUCAUACUCUAACCCGAACUUGGGACAAAAUUUUCCCAAAAAUUUCCAAAAUUUAGAUCCCCAACAUCAUCAACAUCACACCACUCCAUCCCCAAACCUGCAGCCAACUUUCACCACCCCUGCACCAAACUUCAACCCAAACACUUUAGUCACUCCUGCCAUGCAAAUGUUUCAAAGUCCGCAUGUUUUCGAACACCACACCACAACGGGAAUUUCUCCACCUGAAAUUCCCAACCCAACUGAUCACCUUUCCCGUCCAGAUUUUCUCCCCGACACCGAACCGUCGCCACAAUAUGAUUAUUUUCCCGCACCAACGUUGGGCAGCGUUGACGUGGGUCAGGUUUCCUUGACGUAUGACGAUACCGGGUCUACGAGCUCGCUUGACCCCCCAGUAAUUUCAAAUGGUGACGUUAUCCACCCGCCCACGAUUACAAAUGGAACAGAUAACCAGGCAAAGGUUCAGAUUAACGAUGUAAUGAUAACAACGCAUGAUAACCCUGCGGAGGGAGGUCGUGACCUUGAUGAGGGGCAUCAUAGAGAUUUUCAAUCUUCUGGAGGAGAAAAUUCGAAUCAAAAUGUGCUAAACUUUGUGCAAAAUGCGGAAAAUUUUGGGUACAGCCAAAGCCAAAAUCAAAAUCAAGAUUUCAGAAAAACUCAAAACUUAAAUCAUAAUCAAAAUUUCGGAGAAAACCAAAAUUUAAAUCAAAACCAAGAUUUCGGACAAAACCAAAAUUUGAAUUAUAAAGAUUUCGGACCAAACCAAAAUUUGAAUCAUAAUAAAGAUUUCGGGCAAAACCAAAAUUUAAAUCAAAAUCAAGAUGUUGGUCAAACUGUUAAAAACUUACACAAAGACAUUAAAGAUUUCCAACAAAAUUCAGACAACUUCGACCGAGACGUUCUAAAUUUUUAUAAAGAGUUAGAAACCUUGAACCAAAAUUCUCCUCCUUUCAACCAACCUAGGCCCGAUCAAAACCAAAAUUUUCAGGAAAAUACUCAAAAUGCAGAUGGGCAAAAUUUCCAUCAAAAUUUGAACCACGUUACUCCAAAGCCUUUCUCCCAAGAACUAGAAUUCGUCCCAUCCGUCAUCGUCGACCCUUAUCCCCACCCAUUCGACGGUUUACUCACGCCAACCGGCACGCCCACUUUGACGCCAACGCCACGCCCCUUUGUUAACCCGUCGACCACGCCACGCCCAUUUAUUGACCCUUCAUCAACGCCUCAAUUCCUCACAACUCCACAACCAGCAAUUUAUGGUCGAAAAAUCCCCCAAAAGCAACGUGACCCUUUCGCCAAUUUUGGCGACACUUUUACCACGACCGUAGUGGUUGACCCGGUCGGGUAUGACCAUCACUAUUUUGGGAGCGGAGGUCACGAGGAUGGGUUUGGUUUCACGUUGACAACGCCGGUCCCAAACUUUUCGACAACCUUUCAUCCCGAUGUAUUUGACGGGAGGAGAAAUUUUGAUGCGCCAACGCCACAUCCGUCGCAUCAUGAAAUAAACUUUGACCCCAAGACGUCUACUUCGGGUCAAAACAGCCAAGAAUCUACAUCGGUCUAUCCAAAUAAUGAACCUUAUCGUAUCCACCAUGAGUCCACUUCCGGUGAACAUUCCGCUCAAAAUCAAGGGUAUCAUGCGAGUCCAGAAGCUACUUCCGGUCAUGAUAAUGGGCCCACUUCAGGGUCACAUUUUGGGCAUAAUAAUCCAUCACCCACGCCACAACCUGGCCCUCGCGAGUACACAAUUUAUUCCGACCCUGAUACCGUUUACAUAACGGAAGAGCCUCAAAAGACCGAAGAAUUUCGCCUCGCCAGUAAUAAUUUCCAGUAUCGGAAGGGCGUCACGGACGAUGCUGGACAAGCAGAUGACAACGAGAUGUCGACAACGACGGAGAAAAGUGUCAACGACGAGGAUAGGGCGACGAAGCGAAUCCAGCACAGGAACACCCACUUGAUGAGAAGGGCGGAUAUUUUGAGGCAACGCAGAAGGCGGAAAAAUAGGAAAAGGGGUUGGUUAAGGGGUAGCCGGAGAAAAUUCGACUCGGAUAUUGACAGCGAUGAUGAGUCUGAUGAAGAAUUUCAGCGUCCAUUUCGCCCCACGAGAAAUCGGCGACCCCACAGCAGACGUAGAUUUAAAGAAGAAAUUGAAAAUUAUCCCUUUCGAAAGAGAUCCUCAUCCGAAUAUGAUGAAAACAUAGACAUUUUACCAAUAGAACCUAGUAAUUCAACGAUACAAUCUUCUCAUGAAGAUGAAACUUACGCAACGACAACACCGCAACCAAAAUCUAACAAUACAACAAACAAAAGAAGAAAGCAUAGGAAGAAAUUAACGCAAGAUGUCGAAAUCAAAGCAGAAACACCAGCACCAACAUCACUUCCGGUGGAAUCAGAAGCAAUUUUACUCAACAAAACAAACUCUCUGAAGAAUCUGUGA